CGAACUAAUAUCAUUCAGUUUAGUCAACAUCCAACAAUCAUCAGCAGCAUGCUGGCUUUCGAGAAGGAGAUCGUGGAGAAAUCUAGAUAUUUUGAUCUAAUCACAAAAGAGUGUCAGGAUUACCCUAUGGCCAAGACAAUGCCAGUUCUAAAGCAGCCCGAGAAUUUCCAGGAACAAGAGGAGGACGUUGUAAUGGCCGUGCAAGAAAAACUCAAAUUUUUCCGCAAACUAACCAGCAAUGGUCCCGCAGUCCCGACACCGCUUAAAGUCGUUGAAAAGGAGGACAUAGGACAUAAGGAGAUACCAAAGGUGGUCAAGAAAGUUGACCGUAAAACGAAACUGCUGCAAGCCAUACCAGCGGUCUUCAAACAUAGCCACAAUCGACGCUUUCGAAGAUCCUUAUUUUUAAGGUCCAACUAUAUCGAGCAAUUUCGGCGUUGGACGGAUCAAAAAAACAAGUUAAAUAGAAAGCGCUUGAAUGAAGCACAUCAGUUGUGUUUAAAAGCCAAACACGAGCGAAUUGCCUGCGAAAUCGAUAGAUACAAGAAGCUGAUCCUUAAGCAGUCCGUCCAUGUGAUCGAGGACAUAAGAAUCAGCAGCGAAUUGAUUCCGCUGACCAAAGAACACCAUGAUCGGCUGAUGGAACUAUCUAAGUAUCCACUGCAGCAGGUAAUUGUGGCCAAGUUCAAUUUGGACAUCUGCGGCAGUGAUAUCAAAAUCCUGACCAGUGGCGGCUGGCUCAACGACAAAAUAAUCAACUUUUACAUGAACCUACUGGUCGAGCGAUCGGAGAAGCGUCCUGGUACAGUGCCCAGCGUGUAUGCCAUGAGCACUUUCUUUGUGCCCCGCCUGCUGCAAAGUGGCUUCGAUGGCGUAAAACGCUGGACUAGAAAGGUGGAUCUGUUUAGCAUGGACCUCAUACUUGUGCCUGUUCACCAAAUGCUCGUUCACUGGUGCCUGGUCAUAAUCGAUUUGCCUGCGAAAACAAUGCUCUACUACAAUUCAAGAGGCCGCGGUGACCCGAAUCUGAUGCGAGCACUAGUGAAGUACCUUCAAAUGGAGUCGGAGGACAAGCUCGGGCUGUGUUUGGACACCAGUGAAUUUCGCAUCGAGGAUGCCCAAAAUGUGCCGCAACAAGACAACAUGAACGAUUGCGGCGUGUUCGUCUGCAUGUUUGCAGAAUACCUAACCCGGGAUGCUCCAAUAACGUUUUCCAAGAAAGACAUGAAAUAUUUUCGCACUAAGAUGGUUCUGGAGUUGACCGGCGACCAGCUGUGGAAGUAGGUGUUCUCCUAUAUAGAGUUUACUUUUUUAUGGAUUGAACUGAGCUGAGAACUAUACAAUAAGAACAAAAAUAAAAUAGUGUUUGAAAAUUU